AUGCUUUGGAAAUCCCUUCUAAUCCUUGCCUCAAUCACAUUCACCGUUUCGACAAAAGAAAUCGAAGAAAUCGUGAAAGCCUGUUGUCCCUUGGGAUCUCAGUGUUGUGAGAGAGCUCUCCUCAAAAAUGAUCCCAUCAAUGAAUGUGCGGAUAUUCUUGACAAGAGUUUUACGUACUUCUGCGUACGAGAGAAGCUCUACAACUCCGAGCAGCAAGUUGAUCCAAAAACACAAAAUGAUCUCUGUGAUCGAGUGUUCCGAGAUCUUGUCCCCGAAUUGCUCGAAAAACAGCAGGAAACAGUUCGUUGUCAUCUUCUUUGUCAAAAAACUGUUUGGAGUCCAUCAAUUUCUCCAUCAGACGUCGAGGCGAGUAUUCGGAGUUGCACUUCUCGAAACAAAAGACACGAGUGCUAUUCCCGUUGUCUAUUGUUGAUCUCUCAAAAAUCUCAUGCAGUCUCCUCCUGUCAAUGCUUCAAUAAGGAACUUUUCCAAGGCGACGACUACAUCAUUCUUCGACCCGGCGCAACACCCACAAUGAACCAUGAAGCUCUCCUUCGCGAGUACGUAGAGAGAAAACGAGCAGAAUCGUCAAACCAGAUG